AUGUCCGGCUCCGACCUGAAGCUUGCCAUCGGAACCGCCGCCUUCCCCGGCGCCGAGAAGCUGCAGACCGCCCUUGACGCGACCAAGGCGGCGGGCAUCAAGGAGAUCGACACGGCCGAGAUGUACGGCAACAACGAGGUCGACCUGGGCUCCGUGGGCGCCGCCGACAGCUUCAUCAUCUCGACCAAGAACCCCGGCGGCUGGCGGCCAGGGUCCCUGAAGGAGAUCACCAGCCGCUUCAACGCCUCGCUCGACAAGCUCAAGACCAAGCAGGUGGGCAUCCUGUACAUCCACGGCCCGGACCGCGAGCUGCCCCUGGACGAGUGGGUGCCGCAGGUCGACGCGCUGCACAAGGAGGGCAAGUUCAGGCGGCUCGGCGUGAGCAACUUCACGCCAGAGGAGACGCGGGCGCUGCACUCGUACGCGAAAGCAAAGGGGUUCGUGCUCCCCACCGUGUACCAGGGCAACUACAACGCGGUGUCGCGGCACAUCGACACCACGCUGUUCCCCGUGCUGCGCGAGCUGGGCAUCGCCUUCUACGCGUACUCGCCCGUGGCGGGCGGGUUCCUGACCAAGACGAAGGCCGCGCUGGAGCAGGGCACCGCGGGCGGGCGGUUCCGGACUGAAGGCGGGAGCUCUGUCGUCAAGAUGUACCACGACAUGUACAACAAGCCCAAGCUGCUCGAGGGCCUGGGCCGCUGGGAGGGGAUCGCGGAGCUGCAGGGCGUGCCGCGGGCCGAGGUGGCGUACCGCUGGGUGUACUACCACUCGGCGCUGAAGCAGGACCUGGGCGAUGUUGUUAUCGUUGGGGCGAGCAAGCCUGAGCAGAUCACGCAGACGGUCGAGGGGAUCAGGAGGGGCCCGCUCAAGCCUGAGGUUGUUAAGGCCAUUGAGGAUGUGUGGCAGCUGGUCAAGGAUGAGGCCAUUGUUAAUAAUUUUGAGGCGUCGGGUGGUAAGGCGGGCACCAUUCCCACCAAGUAA